AUGUCGCAAAAACGCAAAUACGGCGAUACGACCAACGGUCCAUCAAAGAAAUUCCGCCCUUUCAAGCCUGUGGGCAGCAGCGACGCACCACACAAGCGCAAACGACCGCAAAUAAAACACGACUCGGACAGCGGCCCCAGCAUUCACGCGCUGAAAAGUCGGAUACGGGACUUGAAGCGACUGCUUGCGCAUGUGGACCAUGUAGGCGAUCACAAGAUGUCGGCGAGUACACGGAUCGAACGAGAGCGUGAAUUAGAGGCGUGUGAGCACGAGCUGGAGGAGAAGAUCGAGGGAAGCAGAGAGGCGGCGUAUCGACAGAAGAUGAUUGGCAAAUAUCAUCAAGUGCGAUUCUUUGACCGCCAAAAGGCGACGAGGAUACUUAAGCGGUUGAAGAAAGAGCAUGCAGCUGAGGAAGAUGAAGAGAAGAAAGCGGAAUUGAGGCGGCGCGUGCAUAAUGCAGAGAUUGACGUCAACUAUGCGAUAUACUACCCGCUCAUGAAGCCAUACUCGUCCAUGUACCCCAAGUCGAAGAAGGACAAACCCGCAGGCGCAAGCGACGAUGACUCAGAUGCGCAAGGGAAGAGCAGCAAGGAGGUUGAUGGACCGAAAGGCGACUUGGAUAUGUGGCGGAAGGUCGAGGUAGCCACAGAAGAGGGCACACUCGACGCGCUGAGAAACAGCAAGGAGGGGAUACCCGCUGCACCAAAGAAGGAGCAGACAAAGAAGCCAUUCGUGAAGCCAAAGGCCACCGGAGCUAAUCUCAGAGUAGUAGGAGGUAACCGUCGCGAAAGGAGGGCACAGGUUGCACAACAGCAAGAAGAAGAGAACGAUAGUGACGGAGGUUUCUUCGAAUGA